GAUUAUACAAACGUUAUCAUUCUGUAAAAAUCAAAUGUCUGUGUGUGUGUAAUAAAAAAGACACACAAUCGACACAUUGGUAUUAUAUAUUAUUAUUUUCAUUCAUCCGUGUUACAUAUUUUCCUUUGUUUUCGGUUAGCUGCAGAUAAACCCAACAAACAACAACAGUAUCACUUAUAACACAAUAUUAUAGGUAUAGUUUUUUCCACCACCAGAAAGAAACGCACAUAAUGAACACCACAGCAGCAGCCCGAUAGAGAGACUUGUCAGCAUGCACAAAAAAGGCGUAAUUAACCUGAGGUUCAAUCAAGACCAAGGAUGUUUCUCGUGUUGCACCGAGACGGGUCUCAGGAUCUACAACGUCGAGCCGUUGGUUCAAAAGGACAAAUACGAGUUUGGCGGCCUGUCGUUGUGCGAAAUGCUCUAUCGGUCCAAUCUGUUUGCCAUCGUGGCUGGCGGACGGUAUCCGAAAUACUCGCAGAACACGGUGCUCAUCUACGACGAUUUGGUGAAGAAAUUCGUCAUGGAAAUCAUCUGUCCGUCGGCGGUCAAAGCGGUUCGAAUGAGAAGAGACAAAUUAGUUAUUGCUAGUAUUAACCAAAUAAGCGUGUUUACAUUUCCCGUGCCAACAAAACACAUACUCACGAUGGAAACUCGGCCUAACCCGAUGGGAUUAUGUGAAGUCAGUCCUUUGGAAACGUCUGAGAAACAAGUCCUGGUGUUUCCCGGCCACAAAAUCGGAAGCAUUCAGCUUUUGGACGUUUCCAAUCUGGAGACGAGUAGUUCUAGCGCUCCGAUAACUUUGAACGCUCAUCAAGGAGAAAUCACGUGCUUGGCCGUCAAUCAACAAGGGACCCUCGUAGCCAGCGCCAGUUCCAAAGGAACGCUAAUACGUAUUUGGGACACUGUGCGCAAAACCAAAGUCGCUGAACUGAGACGCGGAUCCGAUCCGGCCACCCUUUAUUGUAUCAAUUUCAGUCCCGAUUCGGAAUUUCUGUGUUGUUCAAGCGACAAAGGGACGGUUCACAUAUUUGCGCUGAAAGAUUCCGAUCUCAAUCGAAAGUCUAGUCUAUCCACGUUAAGUUUUUUCAGUUCUUAUGUCGAGUCGCAGUGGGCGCUUACCAACUUCACGGUGCCUCCCGAAAUGGCUUGCAUAUGUGCGUUUCUCACUUCAAACACCGUCAUCGCCGCCUGUCUAGAUGGUACCUUUCAUAAAUACACGUUUUUAAAAGACGGCUCGUGCAGGCGUAAGGCGUAUAAUAUAUUUUUGGACGAUUGCACGGACGAGGACAUAUAGAUUUAAUUUGUUAAUUUAUUUAUAUAUUAUAUUUAAAGAAUACUUUUUUUUUAAAACUAAAAAUUUGUACGUUUUACAAUAACCUAGUAAACGUCCGACGGUCGAACGGCGGUUGAUUACGAUCGGAAUAAUUUGUUAUUAACAUAAAUUACGUAUAAAGUCGUUUUGUUAUUAAAAAAAAAACGUAAAAAAAAUUAAUAAUAAUAAUUGUAAGAAAAGACGUGUUUGUUGUAUUUAUAAGAUUUAACGCAAAAGUGUCGAAUACGUCGUUUAUAGUACUUGACCAAUCGUAUUAACAAAGACGACGUCGUCGUAACAACGUUUGUCUUCCAAACGACAGUGUUCGUACUGUAGCGACCACUUAGACGACCAGAUUAUUUUGUUUUUUUGUGUAAUUGUACAAAUCGCAUACAUUUUGACUUGUACACAUAAUGAUAUAAUAUUAUACUAAAUUUGUAUAAUUUUAUAUGUAUAUAUAAUAUUUUUUUCAAAAAUUUGUGAUAUAAAAUGUAUUUUUUAAGUUAUAUUUAUUAUUGUUAUUUUCCUUUUUGUACGUGUUUUUUUUUCUUCAAAAUAUUUUAAAACGAUUAUUUUAGGAAAACUAAAACUUAUAAAUUCUACGUUGAAACUUGUAA